AUGAGUUUGCUAUUACGCAGUGAAGAGAUGUGUUUAUUGCAGCUCUUCUUUCAGACCGAAUCAGCACUCAGCUGCAUUAAUGAGCUUGGACUUCUUGGAGUUGUCGAGUUCAGAGAUCUAAACCCAGGGAUGACUUUGUCUCAGAGGAAAUUUGUAAACGAGGUGAGGAAGUGUGAGGAAAUUGAGAGAAUCAUCAAGUUUUUGGAAGGUGAAAUGUUGCGAUGUAAUAUUCCUAUUGUUGCUGGCUCACACAGCGAGGAAACUAAGUGUAACAGAGACACACUGGAGCUCGAGUAUGAGGUAAAAGCACUGGAACAGGAGCUGAAGGAGAUCAACUCUAAUCAUGCAACACUGAAGAGGAACCUGACAGAACUGCUAGAGAUCCAUGCACUGCUCGGCGUUAUCCAGGACUUCUUCCAGGAGGCUGGGAUGGAGCAGUCUUGUAGUGAUCUUCAGUCAGAUGCACCACAUGCCAUUCAGUGCCAGAACAGCUUCCGCACCAUUACAACUCCCAAACUGGGGUUUAUUGCCGGUGUGAUUAAACACAAUCAGUUUCCUGCGUUUGAGAAAGUCCUGUGGCGUCUUUUUUAUGAGAAUUUCCUGCUGCGCCGUGCAGAGAUUCAACAGCAGCCAGAGGAUGGCAUAGCGAAGAAAGAUGCCUUCAUCAUCUGUGUGCAGGGCGAGCAUAUGCAGGGAAAAAUCAGAAAAAUAUGCAAAGGGUUUAGUGUCAGUUUGUACCCCUUCCCAAACACUUUACACGCCCAAGAUGAGAUGAAGUGUAACAUACAGACAAGCAUCAAGGAACUGGAAAUGAUAAUGUGCCAGUGUGAAGAAUUCUGCACUGCAGUUUUGAAUAACGCAGCAAACAGAGUUAAAGACUGGUCCAUCCAAGUGCACAAGAUGAAGUCUAUCUACUACACACUCAACCUGUGCAACAUCGAUAUCACACACAGACUCGCCAUCGCAGAGAUAUGGUGUCCGGUGUUAGAUCUCGACCAUGUCCAGCAUGCACUCACUAAAGUCGCUGAGCAUGCUGGUUCCAGUGUCAGACCCGUCCUAAAUCGCAUCCAGAGCCCUGAAACUCCGCCCACGUUUCACAGGACGAACCAUUUCACUGCAGGCUUUCAGCAAAUUGUUGAUACAUAUGGUGUGAACAGUUAUCAGGAGAUUAAUCCAGCUCCAUAUACCAUAGUGACAUUCCCGUUUCUGUUCGCUGUGAUGUUCGGUGACUGUGGUCACGGACUCGUCAUGACAUUGAUGGCUGCCUGGAUCAUCAUGAAGGAGCAGAAGUUAAACCAGCAGAAGAAUGAGAUCUUGUCCAUGCUGGUGGGCGGGCGCUACAUUGUCCUGCUGAUGGGCCUUUUCUCCAUCUACACUGGUCUCAUUUAUAAUGACUGCUUCUCCAAAUCCUUCAACAUCCUCAGCUCGUCAUGGAGCGUCAGAGCCAUGUUCUGGCCCAGUGGACCCUGGAGCAAUCAAACCCUGCACAGUUCUGGUCAUCUGCAUUUGGACCCUGCAGUGCCAGGAGUUUACUCUGGAACUCCAUACAUGCUUGGCAUCGACCCAGUGUGGAAUAUUGCAUCAAAUAAACUCUCCUUCCUAAACUCCUAUAAGAUGAAGAUGGCAGUUAUAGUUGGAGUUUGUCACAUGACCUUUGGUCUGACGCUCAGUGUAGUCAAUUACAUACAUUUCAGAAAUGUCCAAAAUGUGUUGCUGCGCUUCGUGCCGGAGGUCAUCUUUCUGCUGUCUCUGUUCGGGUACCUCGUCUUCCUCAUCCUGUUCAAGUGGUGCAUGGGCGUGCAGUGUGACAGUAGUAUCCUCCUCAUCUUCAUCAACAUGAUGUUUUUCAACUACCAGGCUGACGAGAAAUCAAUCUACAGUGGACAGAAAGCUGUCCAAAUAUUCCUGAUGGUCCAGGCUCUGCUCAUGGUCCCAAUAAUGCUGCUAAUAAAACCACUACUCACUUACAGAUGGCAAGAGAAGAUCACAGAGCAGGUCAGUCUGAGUGAUGUGUUUGUAUCCGAAGCGAUCCACACCAUAGAACACUGUCUUGGAUGCGUCUCUAAUACAGCAUCUUAUCUAAGGCUGUGGGCUCUCAGUCUCGCCCACUCAGUGUUAUCUGAGGUGUUAUGGCACAUGCUGAUGCGUGUGGCUCUGCAGUCUGGUUCGUCGCUGAUACUCACUGUGAUUUUCUGCUGCUUUGUGUUGCUAAGUGUGUCAGUCCUAAUAGUAAUGGAGGGACUGUCUGCAUUCCUGCAUGCUUUACGCCUGCACUGGGUAGAAUUUCAGAACAAGUUUUAUAAAGGAGCUGGAUUUAAAUUUACACCGUUGUCCUUCAAGACUAAAGAAACACAGCAAUGGUGA